UGUACAGCAGAGGGGAGUCAGACCAUGUCUACAAUGAACACAGAGGGACAAAAGCCUGCAGUCCUUUUCAACAUUCUCUCAAAAAUUGGACUGAAGAAAUUUUAUCCCAACAAGCUCACUCUUCAGUCUCUCUUGGAAAUCAACAAAAACAGCGUAUCAGAGGAAGCUGUUUUAUCAGUAGAGGAAAUACCAUGGUGCUUUCUCAGAAAACUCUUUAAAAUCAAUGCUGAAUGCAGAAACUUUAUACAAUUAUUGAACAAUGAUGAGGAGGAGAACAAUGAUAUCUUGGACCUUUACACUGCAGAUGACUCUGGAGAUGACAAUGAGGUUAACCCUCUCGACCUCAUAGUAGCACUCUUCCUCUGUGCUGACAGUUUCUUGCAACAGGAAAUGGCUCUCAAGAUGUCAAUGUGCCAGUUUUCUGUCCCACUGCUGUUGCCCCACCAUGGCAGUAACAGUCAGUUUACCCUGAUGCUGUGGGCUCUGAGAGACAUUGUCAAAGAGUGGCGUCCACAUGAUCUGUCUGAAUCAAGAGGGUUUGUUGAAGACAACAUUGUUCAAGCAAAUAUACCAUUCUAUUCCUUUGUGAGGCUGAAAAACUGUAGUUUAUCCAAGUCCCAAGUUUUAAAUCAUAUUCUCAGCCGAGGCCAGCAGAAUCACAACAUGUUCAUGCACAUAGAAAUGGAAGGAAGAGCUCUUGAAAGAAAAAUUGCAAAUGGAUUAGUUGAGGUUUGCUGGUAUCUUUCUUGUGGUAGAGAAAAUCUUGACAUAUUUCCAGAGCCAGUUGCCUUCGCCAAUCUGAGAGGAGACAUUUGUGAGUCACUCACACAAUUCAGUUUUCUUUUUCAAGUGUCAACUGCUAUCUUUUUAUUCCUGGACAAAGUUGAAGAUAAUGAACAUAAGAUUCUGACUUCUCUUGAAGAUGUUAAAUACAAAUUAUUCUUGGUUGGUAACUGCAAGGUGAAGAAUGUUAAAGAAAACAUGAUGUCUGUUAUUAAAACAGUGAACGAUUUAGAUUUACCAAAAACCGCUGUGAAGAUCAAACACCAAAGUGUAAAUGUUGCAGGGUUUUCAAAGAAACUUUGUGCAGCUAUCAAGACAUCCCUGUUGGAUGUAAAAACCACAAUAAGCAUUGUAGAUAUGGUUGACAAAGCUGUUGAACUUGGUCUAUCUGUGGACGAAAGCAAAACUGAUGAAGAAAAGAAAGUAAUUGAGGAGAUCAUGGACGGCAUUGGGGUGCAAAAUAUACCGCAGUUCAAGAAAGAACAACUUCCUUUGCAAGGAGAAAACUGGAAAAGGUUAUCACAGUUAGAGAAGGAUGAAUGUAGAAUGAAAGAAGCUGGUGUCUCAGGUCUUGAAGAGUAUAAAUCUCAGCUCCAGGCAGAAAAACAACAAAUUUGGGAGGAGCAAAGCAAAGAAAAACUGUCCAAAGGAAUGAAGAGUUUUAUUGAAACCUUAUCCACAACUGACAAAGAGAAAAGAGAUUUUUUCCUCAAGUCCAUGAAAUUCAAAUUUAACACACAUUCUCGAGACAAACUUGCUGUACUGCGCAACAAAUUUAAAGAGCAAUGCAAGACGCAAAACUCAUUGCAGAGUUGGACCAGGCUUUAAUGGAUAGCUCUUUGGGAAUAGAGCAUUACAUGAGAGAGAUGGGACUGGUCUAUGAGUUUACCUUGCAGUCAGAAGACAAAAUGUCUCAUCUCCCUGCUUUGGCUGCUGAAAUGCUGUUGGAUGGAUAUGCUUUAGAGCUCUUGGA